AUGUUUACAAAGAGUUUAGUUCUUCUGCUUGCAGCUGACCUUCUGUCUGCAGGAAGGGUUCCUCAUCCAGUUGACGAAAGGAUCGUUUGCGGUUUGCCGAUUGAAAAAGCUCCCUGGCAAGUUUCUCUGUUGAUUAAGCCAUCCGAAGAUUGCGGUGGAGUCAUUUACAACAAAAAUAUAGUUUUGACAACCGCACACUGCGUUCAAGGACGUAAUCCAAAAGAUAUUGUUGUGUCCUUUGGAUCAUCGACAUGGGGAGGAGGUGAAUUAAGACCGGUGCAUGAAGUUUUCAUUCACGAAAAGUACUCACCGGAAACGACCUACGGAAGUAAUGCCAAUAAUAUUGCUGUGCUUCUUUUGGGUAUUCCCAUUCCUUUGGGAAAAAAUGCUACACCCAUUGAUAUAGCGGACAAAACGCCGACACCAGGACUAUACGUACAGAUCACUGGUUGGUCUACCACCCACCUGCAGGGAACCGACGUUAAGAUCGAAGAUCACGUCAGAUGCCAACAGUUUUGUAACAGUCUCAUUACCGAGGAUAUGAUUUGUGCCAAUCGCAUGGACAGAGGACCUUGCGCCGGUAAAGAAGGUGCAGCUUUGGUCAGUGUUCCCGGCAACCAGCUAAUUGGCCUCUCGUCAUGGAAUUCCUUUUGUGGUAUUCCCUUGUUCGAUGUCUACACUAAUGUGGUUGUGCUCAAGAAAUGGCUCGAAGCCUUUAAGGCUAUUAACCCUCUGCAAAAUUAA